GAACAACAAUACUGCACUUGAAAUGCGACAAAUGCGAGUCGGCGUUAUUGUCUUCGAAGAUGCCAUCAAGUAACUCAGAGCUUGCAUGGCAUGCCACCGCAUCAGCAAACAUCCUCCAAGCGCGUAAAAGGAGAGGUCUGGUUGGAAGCAAGAAGUCGAGAAAUGGUUGCAUUCACUGCAAAACCCGGCGCAUAAAAUGUGACGAACUCCCAGAGUGUAGGAAUUGCACCUCUACUGGCCGCACUUGUGCCUACGAGAGCGUUCCGAAGACAACUAGCAACACUCUUGGCCGGCAUUUAUCGUCAGCUCUGGGACUGAGCGACACGGAGAGACGCACAUUCGAUUACUUCUUGUCAUGGACUGCGCCGCGGCUCGGCGGCGUGUUCGACAAGGCGUUUUGGUGUGGCAGCGUUCUCCAAUUUGCCCAAACUGAGCCGAUUGUGCUUCACGCACUAUUGGCAGUGUCAACCCUCUAUGAACAUCCUCAAUACAUGAAAACGUUUCUAGGCCAGCCGAACUUUGCGGUUCUACGAGGAGAGGAUCGCCCUCCUAUUAAUGAGCAUCAUGCUAGCGCAUUGCGGCAUUAUAACAAAGCUAUCCAAGGCGUCACAAGCAAAGUAUCUCAGGGCUCGGCAUCGCCGGCACUUCUCUUG